CACACACACACACACACACAGGGUGAGGAAAACAAGGCAGACGAGCACGACAGGCUCAAUGGAAUAACAUCCAGCGCCAGAAGGCUCCCCAGGACUUUCACCGUCACGGAGAUUGGGUGGAACUCGGCCUGCGUUUCUCCUCCUGCGGCUCUAAACGUCUCUCAUCAUGGCCGGAGCGUCGGUGAAAGUGGCCGUCAGGGUUCGACCCUUCAACUCCAGAGAAAUGAGCAAAGAGAGCAAGUGCAUCAUUCAGAUGUCGGGGAACACCACCACGAUCCUCAACCCGAAACAACCGAAAGAGAACAAAAGCUUCAACUUUGACUACUCGUACUGGUCUCACACAUCGCCAGAGGAUGUCAACUUUGCCUGUCAGAAACAGGUUUACAAGGACAUCGGUGAGGAAAUGCUGCUUCACGCGUUUGAAGGCUACAAUGUCUGCAUCUUUGCGUACGGCCAGACCGGCGCGGGAAAAUCCUACACCAUGAUGGGCAAACAGGAGAAAGACCAGCAGGGCAUUAUACCCCUGCUCUGUGAAGACCUCUUCACCAAGAUUAAUGACAACGCAGACAACAACAUGUCCUACUCGGUGGAGGUCAGUUAUAUGGAGAUCUACUGUGAGCGAGUGAGAGAUCUUCUGAACCCAAAGAAUAAAGGAAACCUGCGUGUCAGAGAGCAUCCACUCAUGGGCCCAUACGUAGAAGAUCUGUCCAAGAUGGCCGUCACGUCCUACAAUGACAUCCAGGAUCUGAUGGACUCGGGCAACAAAGCCAGAACCGUAGCAGCUACGAACAUGAACGAGACGAGCAGUCGCAGUCAUGCCGUCUUUAACAUCAUUUUCACACAGAAGCGCUUCGACAGUGACACGGACAACACCUCUGAAAAGGUCAGCAAAAUCAGCCUGGUGGACUUGGCAGGCAGCGAGAGAGCCGACUCAACCGGAGCCAAAGGCACCAGACUGAAGGAAGGAGCGAACAUUAAUAAAUCCCUGACCACACUCGGCAAAGUGAUUUCUGCUUUAGCUGAAGUGGACUCACUACCAAACAAGAACAAGAAGAAGAAAAAGGUGGAGAGCUUCAUCCCUUACAGGGACUCUGUACUCACCUGGCUGCUCAGGGAGAACCUGGGUGGAAACUCGCGCACUGCCAUGGUGGCGGCUCUGAGUCCUGCAGAUAUUAACUAUGACGAGACUCUCAGCACUCUCAGAUACGCUGACCGAGCAAAACAGAUUCGUUGUAAUGCCGUUAUUAACGAAGACCCCAACAACCGCUUGGUGCGUGAACUGAAGGAGGAAGUGGCUCGUCUGAAGGACCUGCUGUACGCUCAAGGCCUUGGCGAUAUCAUCGAGAACUUGUCCAACUACAACUCUAAUAUGAAAAGUCUCCGGACUGUCAAUCACAGCCGUGAUCUCUUCACAGUGACCAAUGCGAUGACAGGGAUGAGUCCCUCUCCCUCUCUCUCGGCUCUUUCCAGCCGAGCCGGAUCCAUCAGCAACUUACACGACCGGAUCAUAUUUACCCCCGGCAGUGAGGAAGCUAUCGAGAGGCUGAAGGAAACGGAGAAGAUAAUAGCGGAACUCAACGAGACGUGGGAGGAGAAACUGCGGCGCACUGAGGCCAUCAGGAUGGAAAGAGAGGCUCUUCUAGCAGAAAUGGGUGUGGCCAUGAGGGAAGAUGGAGGAACUCUUGGAGUGUUUUCACCCAAAAAGACACCUCACCUGGUCAACCUGAACGAAGACCCGCUGAUGUCCGAGUGUUUACUGUACUACAUCAAAGACGGAAUCACCAAGGUGGGCCGUGAGGAUGCUAGCUGUAGGCAGGACAUUGUCCUGAGCGGACACUUCAUUAAAGAUGAGCACUGCAUCUUUACAAGCAACACUGGACCUUCAGGAGAGGGCAUGGUGGUACUGGAGCCAUGUGAGGAUGCUGAGACGUACGUCAAUGGCAAGAGAGUGACUGAGCCCACAGUUCUCAGAUCAGGUAACCGUAUCAUUAUGGGAAAGAGCCAUGUCUUCCGAUUUAAUGACCCAGAGCAGGCAAGGCAGGAACGGGAGAGGACGCCAUGUGCCGAGACCCCCAUGGAGCCUGUGGACUGGGCCUUUGCUCAGCGUGAGCUCCUGGAGAAACAGGGCAUAGACAUGAAACAGGAGAUGGAGCAGCGACUGCAGGAACUAGAGGAUCAGUACCGCAGAGAGCGAGAGGAAGCGAGCAACCUUCUGGAGCAGCAGAGACUGGAUUAUGAGAGUAAGCUGGAGGCUCUUCAGAGGCAGGUUGACUUGCGAUAUUACCCAGAAACCACAGAAGAAGAAGAGGAACUGGAAGAAGAAGUGCCGUGGACAAAGAGAGAAACUGAGCUGGCACUCUGGGCCUUCCGGAAAUGGCGCUUCUACCAGUUCACCUCGCUGCGGGACCAGCUGUGGGGCAACGCCAUUUUUCUUAAAGAGGCCAACGCCAUCAGCGUCGAGCUCAAGAAGAAGGUUCAGUUCCAGUUUGUUUUACUGACUGACACACUUUACUCUCCGCUCCCUCCUGACCUCCUGCCUCCCAGCGUCGCUCAAGACCGCGAGAAGCGACCUUUCCCUCGCACUAUCGUAGCUGUGGAGGUUCAGGAUCAGAAGAAUGGAGCCACUCAUUACUGGACAUUAGAGAAACUAAGGCAGAGGCUGGACCUGAUGAGGGAGAUGUACGAUCGAGCAGCUGAUAUUCCCAGCAGCACUGUGGACGACUGUGACCACGCCCUGACCGGUGGCGACCCCUUUUACGAUCGCUUCCCCUGGUUCCGCCUUGUUGGGAGUACUCCCAUUCUGAACACGUGCAUGAGAGAGCGCAUGAGAGACCCCUCCCCCUCCCCCACUCUCUCCGAGCCCGACUCUGAUGUGACCGAGCUCGCAGAUGAGCGGCAUUAUGGGAAGGAGGAGGAGGAGGAGUUGGAGGACCUGGAAGAUGAGAUCAGUGUGGAGGACGGCCGUCUGUGCCGAGGCCAGGACCCCUUUUACGACCGCUGGCCUCUGUUCAGUUUAGUGGGAAGAGCGUUUGUGUACCUGAGCAACCUGCUGUACCCCGUGCCUCUGGUGCACCGCGUGGCGAUCGUGAGCGAGAAAGGCGAGGUGAAGGGGUUCCUCCGGGUCGCAGUGCAGGCCGUCUCAGCUGAUGAAGAAGCUCCAGAUUACGGCUCGGGCGUCAGACAGUCAGGAACGGCUAAGAUCUCGUUUGAGGAUCAGCAGUUCGAGAAGUUUCAGACGGAGUCGUGUUCAGGGGGAAUGUCACACUCGAACACGUCUCAGGAGGAACUGCGUAUCGUAGAGGGUGAAGGACAAAACGCUGAAACCAGCCUCUCAGCUGACGAGGUCAACAACAACACCUGCACAAUCACUCCAGAUGUUCCAGGCAGUCCUCAGAAGGAAGGUGUGGAGGGUGUAGGGGACGCUGCACAGGAACAAACACUUUCACACCUAAAGAUUGGAAGCAGCUUCACCUUCAGGGUCACCGUCCUGCAGGCGUCCAGCAUCUCCGCCGAGUACGCCGACAUCUUCUGCCAGUUCAACUUCAUCCACCGACAUGACGAGGCGUUCUCCACAGAGCCGCUGAAGAACACGGGCCGAGGGCCUCCGCUGGGGUUCUACCACGUCCAGAACAUCACGGUGGACGUGACCAAGUCGUUCGUGGAGUACAUUAGGUCGCAGCCCAUCGUGUUCGAGGUGUUCGGACAUUAUCAGAAACAGCCGUUCCCUCCGCUGUGUAAAGACCUCAUCAGUCCUUUGCGUCCAUCAAGACGUCAGUUCCCUCGUGUCAUGCCUUUAUCCAAACCAGUCCCAGCGACUAAGCUGAGUGCGAUGGCUCGCUCCUCUGCCGGUCCGUGUCACUGUAAAUACGACCUGAUGGUGUUCUUCGAGAUCUGUGAGCUGGAGGCGAACGGCGAUUACAUCCCGGCCGUGGUGGAUCACAGAGUGGGCAUGCCCUGCCACGGAACCUUCCUGCUGCACCAGGGCAUCCAGAGGAGGAUCAGAGUGACCAUCGCUCAUGAGACAGGACAGGACAUCAAAUGGAAGGAGGUGAAGGAGCUAGUUAUCGGUCGGAUCCGUAACUCUCCUGAAGCUGACGAGACCAUCAUCGACCCCAACAUCCUGUCCCUCAACAUCCUCUCGUCCUGCUACAUCAAACCUUCUUAUGAUGACAGUGUUUCCCUGGGAAUUGAUCAUAGGACGUUUUAUCGGUUCGAGGUGGCGUGGGACAGCUCCAUGCACAACUCCCUGCUCCUGAACCGGGUCACGCCGUACGGAGAGAAAAUCUACAUCACGCUCUCAGCGUACCUCGCGAUGGAGAAGUGCACCCAGCCUACCGUCAUCACCAAAGACUUCUGCAUGGUGUUUUACUCGAGAGACGCCAAGCUUCCUGCCUCACGCUCCAUCCGUAACCUGUUCAGCACCGGAGCGUUCAGGCCCUUAGAGAGUAACCGUGUAACUGGAGUGUAUGAGCUCAGUCUGUGCCAUCUGGCAGACAUUGGAAGUCCAGGAAUGCAGAGGAGGCGUCGGCGUGUGCUGGACACCUCGGUGGCCUACGUUCGUGGUGAGGAGAACCUGGCCGGGUGGAGACCUCGCAGUGACAGUCUCAUCCUGGAUCAUCAGUGGGAGUUGGAGAAGCUCAGUCUCCUGCAGGAGGUUGAGAAGACGAGGCACUACCUGCUUUUGAGAGAGAAGCUGGAAGCAUCUGUGCUGAGUCAGGAGUCUCUGUGCAGUAAAGACCUGAUGGACUCGCCUAAAUCCCUCAGUCCCACCCUGGCAGGCAGCCCCAUUCUGGAUGGAACCAAUGAGAGACAGAGGGAGCUGGCUGCCAAGUGUCUGCGACUGCUCAUGCACACCUUUGACAGGCAGUACAGCCAGGUGAGCAGCAGUGCCAGUGAGAGCAAGCUGUCUGAGAUAUCAGCGUCUCUGCUGAGAGACACAUCGUCUUCUGCUCUGAGCUCUCUGACUCCAUCCACUACCUGUCCUUCUCUGGUGGACAGUCACUAUGGAACCCUCGACCUCAGUGGUGCAGAGGCUCACUCUGGGGCUUCCAGUCCAGAUUUGGACCCAUUUAGUCCUGAGGAGAGGAAACCUCGAACCUGCACCUUCGUCCCCAACAUCCAGGAGAUCCGCGUCAGCCCCAUAGUGUCUAAGAAAGGCUACCUGAACUUCCUGGAGCCCCACACCAGCGGCUGGGUGAAGCGUUACGUGGUGGUGCGGCGUCCGUACGUCUAUCUGUACCGCAGUGAGAGAGACAGCGUGGAGAGAGCCGUCAUUAACCUGUCCUCUGCCCAGGUGGAGUACAGCGAGGACCAGCACGGCCUCCUGAGGACCCCGAAUGCAUUUACAGUGGUCACUGAGCAUCAUGGAAUCCUCCUGCAGGCCGGCAACGAUAAAGAAAUGCACGACUGGCUCUACGCCUUUAACCCACUGCUGGCUGGGACCAUCAGGUCAAAACUCUCCAGGACGAAAUCCGCACAGAUGAGGAUGUAAAAAAAAAACGCUGACGAUCCUCCGUCUGAGGUCGAGCGCAGAAUCUCGACGCGCUCCUGUGGUGUAAAUACUGGUGUGAAGACAAUAAUAGCCUGUGCCUGCCUGCGUCCCUCUCUACUGCCCCCUGCCUGUGUGUGUGUGUGUGUGCGCGCGCAAGUGCGUGUGUGUGUGUGUGUGUGUAUGAAUCUAUGAGUGUCUGUGUAUGUCAUUAGCAAAAGUCCUAAGUACUGUAACUCGCCAUAGCCGCGUUAAAAACCGCACUUGUUAGUGAUAAUUAGGAUAAAAAUCAGCUCCAUACAGAACCGCCUCCGUUUUAAAAUGUAAAGAGUUUAGCUGCUGUAAAUGCAACACAUUGCUGCACAUCUGUGUGUGUGUGUGUGUGUGUGUGCGUGUGUUCUUCAGUAGGUUAGAUGUGAACCGCUUUUUUCCCUAAGCUUUCCUGGAGACGGUUAAACAAGUUCAGAUCAGUGAGAGUUUCCUGGUGUUUUUUCUUUUUUCUUUUUUAGUUACAGAAACAACUUUAACCUGUUAAUCUUCUAAUAUGGAGUUUAUACAGAUGAUCCUAGGAAAUGUCAUGUAAUCCUCAAUCCCUUGUCAAAUCCAUUGAAAAAUAAUCACUCAAUUUUUUUUUAUAGGAUUUGUAACAAGGACGUUUUCAGAAACCUCAGCAAAAUUAAACUUCACAAUAUAAACCGUUUUCCAGGAUUAUUAUGAAAAAAAGGGGCGGGGUUAAAAUAAAUAAAUAUUCAAGUUACUACAUUUGGGUGGAUAUGUGUGAGGAGGGAAAAUAUGAUGGACCAGACAAAAAACUAGAGUCUCUGGGUGACGGCUGUAAUAAAUAAUAAUUUACCAAACGAUUUUUCACGAAAUUUUGUAUCAGAUUUGAUUUCACAUUUUACAUUAUAUUUAAGUGAAAUCCUCUUAAGAUCAUCACAUUCCAAGGAAACGCCCAAAUUUCCAAAUUAUAUCAUGAAAACUUUUCCUAUUUUGUGAUGUUUUAACUUGCAAGUAAACUGAUUUAAUCAGGAUUGACAGGAACAAGCAGUAACAGUCAGGAAACAAGACGCAGCGUUUAACAGGAAAUCACUGAUUGGAAUAAAAUGAUCAGAUGACCAGUGAGUUUCUCCAGAUUCUGUUGUUAAUGUCAUUAAUCCUUAUGAGCAGGUGUUAUCAGGUUAUGUCAAACCUGACAUUGAUUACACAGUACAUGGUUUAUAGUGUGAUAUUCAUUUUUGCUAAGAUUUGGCACAAAUCUUUAAUGGCUCUCAAAAAAAAAAAGCAAAUCCUAUUAAAAAAAUGAGUGCCAAUUUUUUUUUUAAAAAAGGGAAUGAGAUGGUAUUGAAAAAAAAAAAUCCUUCACCUAAUUAUGUUCAUGAGAUUUAACAUUUUAACACAUUUCUCAAUAAGAGGAAUUUUAUAUCAUUCAUAUUAAUUACAUGUUAAAUGUUUAAUUUAUUGAGCCUCAUGUGUUUAUAACAUUAUGACAUUAUUUAUUUACCUUUUCACGUUGCACUUUGGAUCUUUUUAUGGAGCUUGAUGUUCUUUAUUUGAUCGCCUUAUGUUUUGCAUUAAUAUGUUAAAUUUGCACAAAUGUGAAAUGUAGACCUUUGGUGUUUCUUGAUGUUUUAGUUUUAAUUUUAAUCACUAAAAUCGCCUAAAGGUUAGCAUUAGUUAUGAGUGUUUAAUGGACACAGAGAUAAAGUGUGUGUAUUUCAGAGCACCUAAGAACAAAGAUGGUAAAGAUGGUAUAUUUAUUGAAUAGUAUAUACAGUACAAUAUUAUGGCUGCUUAUAAAUCUGCUAUUUCAGAUCCUUAAAUCAGAAAUGUUAAAAAAAAAAGUUUAAAAAUCCCCUUGCUGAAAUUUUUGUCAAAGAUUUUUGUCUCAAGAUUGGAUUUAAAAAAAUUUUGUAAUAUGUGUAAUAUAUUUGUGUAAUGGUAGCUUAAUGGAAUUUAUCAUUCCUAAUGGCUCCUUAUCUAACUUUUAUCUUAAUUUUAAUUCUAACCACAAAGAAGGAGCUCAUGUUGGAUUCUGGAGAUAUUUUAGCUUAAAUUACAAUAAAUAAAUAAAUAAAAAUUGCUAAUGGAAGCCUUAGGAAUCUGAUGGAGACCUUUAAGCCGAUUCCCGUUACGUAACACAAACCAACAGAGACUUUCCAAAUGGACUUACAUUAAUUUCAGCAGGGUUUAAAGUGAAAAUAGAUGAAUUUGGCCUUAUUGUAAAGAUUACAGUGUAAAAAUGAUUACAAAUAUGAACUUGUUUUAAUUAACGUUAUUGUGUAGUAGCUACACCUCAGAGACGUCCUAGCGCAGGAAGUCGUUUAUUGAUGAAGUAAAACCUGCUCGUGUCGCGUUGGUGUUGGUGAGAAAUGAUCAGCCAGUCUUUCUCCGUCACCUCAGAUUCAUCUUUGUGAUUUAUAACAGAGCCGGUCCUGAAGCAUCAUAUCCACCGUUUUUGUUUAAAUUAUACUAAGUGUAGUAGUAACUUCAUCUAAGGAUGUAUAGGAUUUCCUCACCCUGUGUGUGCUACAGUAGCUAGCUCUGUGAACAGGCUAAUCAUGAGCUAGCGUUGUUACAGGCAAGCUAAAACCCGGACCUAGCUUGAACGAACUCAAAUCUGUGAAUCAGUAAAGUCACCGAUGUUUCUUUAUUUAAUAAUUAUAUGCUGAUAAAAUGAUCAGUGCUAGGAGUUAGCAUGAAAUCUGUCUUGUGAGUCUGACUAGCAUGCUAAAUUAAGCAGUACUGUAAGCUAGCUAAAGAAGAACACCAGCACCAGCUCUCUUAUGAUUAGAUAUUUCAUGUGCUUGUGCAUGUAUGCUCAAAACAUUAGCUAGAUAAUCAGGUAAGCUAGCUUGUUAGUUUAAUCAAUCCAAUAAUGAAUUUCUGCACAUAGCUAACUGACUGAAACAGCACUAGCGAAUGACUAGCUAACAUGCUCGACUAGCAUGCUAGUUUCGGGGAGGUUUUUGUUAAGUUUUUUUGCUCUUUUUGUCUUUUUUUUUAUUUUUAAUUAAGUGACUGUUCAUGAAUGUAUCAUGGACUCAGACUGUAGCACUUAUUAGAUUUUUAGAAUUUAGAUUUUUGAAUGAAUAAUGUUUUCUGUUGUCCGUCACCAAGGUGGGUUUCAAGUCUUUAACUUGCUCUGUUAUAAAUAAAUAAAUAAAUAAAUAAAUGUUUUAAAAUUGUGCCUUGGGCCAGCCAACCCACAGUGCACAAUCAAUCAAUCAAUCAAUCAAUCAAUCAAUAAACACGUGCAGGUUUUCAAUUGAUAAUUGAAAUGUUUGUGAUGCUGCUAUUAGGACUCUAUAAUGUGUUCCUCAGUCAACUUCAGCAUUAUUAUUAUUAUUAUUAUUAUUAUCAGUUAUAAAAUAACUCCAGUGAACAGUGAUGUGAGUGAAGGCUUCCCAGGUUUGGAGGAUCCCCCCCCCCCGCGAUGCGUUCUCGGUGCUCAGAAUUCUGUUCGUCCCUUUCCCGUCUCUCUGCUAAUAUGUGACAGCAUGCUGUAUAUAAUUACUCACACGCCUACAGUAUAUCAGUAGCAUUUACACUAUAAUACUAGUUGUACACUUUUGUUAAAAAAAAAUCAAGAGCCUCCUCGAACCUUCUCCGCAGCGCAUCUCCUGUAGCCGCUUCUCGCGUUCAUGCUGUGUAUAUAAACCCCAACCGGCACACAGGUGUAACCUCUUUGUACCCUUAAUAGAUAAGCCGUAGUGUACUUAGUGCUCAAAAAGUGUUGGACUCAUGUCUUCGAAUGUCUGUGGACACUUAACACUUUGUUGGACGUGAAAUAAAUGUGCAACACGCCGU